UCUGUAAUUAAGCCCACCGCCCGGUACAAAGCUGCCGUAGGAAUUAUUCAUGGACCAAGUAUUUCCCACGAGCCCACUGCCUGUUCGCUGGCCUCGUGUUCGAUAGUACGAGUUGGGCUGGAAGCUCUCCCUGUGUAUCGCCAAUCCUUGUUCAAACUAGAUCGACCCAUUUGCAUAACUUACAAUUAUCAUCAUCAUUAACCCCGUUCAGACCGGCUUCUGGCAGCAGAAGCCAUGUCGACGCGAUCCUCGCUGUCGUCUAGGGCAGGAUCCCCUUCGAUCAUCAAAGCUGGGGCUGAUGAGGAGGUUUUGCCCAGUGGACAGUGCCGAUAUAUUCUACUCAACCCAGAAAUCAAGGGCCAGCGUUGCGCGUGCGUUGGCUUUACACUGAACCGUGCCCAUCCAGGCGUGUUAUGCCUAUGUGGCCACUCCUCAUGCUACCACGUCAAAUCUACCGAGACCCCUCCCGAUAAGAGUGAGGUGGAGGAUUUACGGCGGCGCGUUCAAAUGUUAGAAGGACAGCUAGAUCGAGAUAACCAGAUGGGUAUCGGAAAUGCUCUCGGGCAAGUUGUUCAGCGUCUCGGCAAUCUAGAGGAACAGUUUGAGGCAAGCAGAGGAGAAAUCAGUCAGGAUGUAAAAGACUGUUACGGAAAUGUGAGCCGCAUGUGGAUAUCUUUCAAUCAGCUUGACAGAAGACAGGCAACUUCUGAACAUAGAUACGACGAGCGAUUAGACGGUCACGACGACGCUCUACAGAGGCUGAAUGAUAGGGUCAUGGAAAUGGAUGAAGCUUCGAUGGCUCUAGAAGAGCGAAUUGAGGUGCUGGAAGACCGAACAAUGUCUUCACGUCCUCAGCAUCGUCAGCAACAGCGGCCAACAUCGGAAUCAGAACGUACAAGACAAUGGUUAUCACAAUAUGGCGGCACCUUGAGAACACAACCUCUUCCCGCUCCCAACGCUACGCAAAUGUCGCCGAGCGAUGUCAAUUAUACCCAGACAAGAAUACCAUGGACCGUGCAUGUGUCACUACUCCCCACAGCGGCGCAACCCUUCCCUUUUGAAAAGGAUACCAAUGCCUAUAAACGCUGCUUGUCUCGUGGACUACACCAGAUGGUUGCUGUAGGUGGCACUGACAGUGAAUCAUUCACCCAGGCCAUUGCUAAGGCCUUUGGUAGUUUGCUUCGCGGGAGGGAGUGGAUGCCGUUACAAGCACGUCUUUGCGAUGCGGUGACUCUUGAAGGUUUGCCUAUGCUACGGCCUUUAGACUCGAGCUUACUCGGUAGGCCCUACGAUCUAGAAUUCCUACGACAGUAUUGUGCUGUUUGUCAUGUCACCGGGAAGGUUGAGUCGCUCUACAUUGCCAUGGUUCACCAUACGUUCUCUUGGCAUUUUCUCCGACGAUCCCCAUGCCAUAUGGACGGUUUGGAAGCCUGCUGGGAAUAUGAUCCGCUCUUAGACGGUGAUGAUAACUGGGAUGACGACACUGGAGGCGAGGAGGAUAGACCGCCGGCCGGAAACAUCAUGCCGUCACUCCCAUCGCUCAAGCGUACGGCUUCCGAGAUCUCUAGGGCCCCCAGCUUUAGCGCAGCGGAUGGGGAUGGUUCGCGCCCUAAGUUAGCACGCAUGCAGGUGGAAGUGUGUAGACGGGGCGUGGAGACGGUGUAGAAGCUUCCCAGUCACUCGGCUUGGGGUAGCAAUAGAAUCUCUGGCAACGCAGGUAGAUAUGGACAUGGCGUUUCAAGAUAUGACCAGGAUAGGCAAGGGUGGAGGUACAACCACAUCAUCAAAACUGGGUUUAGCCAUUAGGACUUCGUUUUUGACUUUUAUCUCUUAACACGAAUGUCCCCCUUCCCUUGGUGGCUUCCUUCUCGUUUCCUCUGGCUUUCCCACUUUCUUUCCCCCAUCCUGGACCCACCACUCAGACUUAACCGGACUCACCAUAGUAUAUCUUGUCCGAAC